AUCUGUACGACCUGAAACCUGAACAAUCUGUACGACAUGUUUGACGGUUAACCCUUGCGAGUAACAACAGCGCAACAACCAUUGAAAUAAAUGUGUUGAAAAUAUCCGUUCGUGAAGGCAUAAUUGUGUUUGAAUAAAAUGUAAACAAACUACACGAACAUGCGAGAUUUUCAGACACCGAGUUGCGUCACCUGGCGUACUCUGACAUUCUGGGGUAUAAGUCUGGCUGCACUGAGAUGGUCCGCGUCGGCGGGGGAGGAUACUCGUGUCCCGCUGAAGAUCUCCUUCCUCACUUCCGCCGGCGACUCUCAAGGAUCCAAGACAUUCGCCGGUGCGUUCUUUAGUGCCCUUGACUUUGUGAACCAGAACAAGUCGAUGCUGCCCGGAUAUCGACUGGAAUGCCUUUUUAACGACACAGACCGGAGCUCCCUGAACGCCAUCAACGCGAUGACGUCACACUACCGGAACGAGAUUAUCGCGUUCAUCGGGCCUGACGAGUCGUGUCACUGUGAGUCGACGGUGGCGGCGGCAUGGAACCUUCCCAUGAUCGGAUACAAAUGCCACGACGCAAAGAGCUGGAGUGAAGAAAACAUGCAGACACGGCGGACAUUCGCAACAACCCAGCCCUCCACAGCCAAGGUGUCCAAGUCUAUACUCGCCAUCCUGCAGUACUACCAAUGGAACAGAGUGACCUUGGUGGUGGGUGCAAGCUCAAUCUGGAACAAGACAGCAGAUAGCCUGAAGACGCUCAUGAAGGACCACAACAUCCGAUUACAUGGCGCCAUAUAUUUCCCGGAACCUUACGCCUCCGGCGAGGAAAUGUAUGACAUUGUUGAAAAGUCGUACCGAGUGACGCGCAUCUACGUGUUUCUGGGUGACCACCACGGCCUGAUCGACUUCAGUCGUCUGCUAAAGGCGCACGUGGAGGACCGGAUAUCCGAGUACGUCGUCAUCGCCGUGGACGAACGCUUGUACACAGAAGACCCGCACUCCUACAUUCUCAAAACACCAUUCGAAUCCAAAGACUACUUGAACACGUAUCAAGUACAGUCGUUCGAAACGGUUCUACUGUUGGUCCCUCGUCCGCCCCUCAAUGACGACUGGGACCACUUCCUGGAUGACGUGAGACGCCGAAACACAGAGCCGCCAAUCCACGGGUUCGCACAGGUCUACAAAGGAUCCGUGAUCAAGGUUCCAAUAUACGCCGCCUUCCUGUACGACGCCGUGCACAUGUACGCACUAGCCCUGCACGAGACGCUCACAUCCGGGGGCGACAUGCUAAACGGCACGGCGCUCAUAGCUCACAUCCGCAAUACCACAUAUACAAGUAUCCUAGGUUACGACGUCUACAUCGACCGCCAGGGGGAUGCGGAGGGCAACUACACGCUCCUCGCUUUCGACGUUCACCAACCUGACUCUCAGGUAGAGCUACUUCCGGUUGGCAACUUCCGGAUGACCCAAGGAGGCGUUGGCAUACCAGAGUUGAACCUGUUCCGUGAUAUCAAGUGGAGGAACGGCGGCCCGCCUCGAGACGAGCCGAAGUGCGGCUUCCACGGAGAGAAAUGCGAGCACAAGUCACCACUUUGGACGAUUCUGUCCGUUGUCAUAGCAAUUGCGGUCAUUGUCGGGAUAGCAACCGGCUUUGGUGUGAGACACUACAUGUACGAGCAGAAGCUGGCCCGUCUGCUGUGGAAGGUUGACUUCAAGGACAUCGCCCCGCUCGUGCAGUCCGUGGAUGAGAACCUCAUACCACCUAACAUGAAGAAGAGGAAACGGUCCAAGAGCAAUUCGUUCAAGUUCAUAUUUUCCUACGAUAACGAGUCGGAGCGAACCACGCUGCUUGGAGAGGAAGUCAAGCGGGACAGCUCGUUCAGCAGCGCCAGGGCCCAGCGCUGCCUUAUCGGCUGCUACAAAGGCACCAUGGUGUCCAUCAAGCAUAUCUCGAGGCGCCACAUUGAGAUCGACCGAGAUCUCAAGAAGCAGUUGCAGCUUCGCAAGGAGCUCAACCAUGACAACGUGGCUCGCUUCAUCGGCGCAUGCGUGGAGUCCCCGCACGUGUACAUCCUUACCCAGUUCUGUCAGAAGGGCAGCUUACACGACAUUCUGAAUAAUGAAGAUUUCUGUCUGGAUGAUAUGUUCGUAUCCUCUCUGGUGUCCGACCUUAUCAAAGGUAUGACAUUUAUCCACGACAGCGAGAUCCAUUACCAUGGCAACCUGAAGACCAGCAACUGUCUAGUUGACGCACGUUGGGUUCUCAUGGUUACGGACUUCGGACUGCACAGGCUAGGAAACGGACGCGCUAGCAGCUCCCCGGACCCGCAGAACUAUUACGAAAGUAUGUCGUCCUCUCCACAGAACUACUAUGAAACUAUAUUGUGGCGUGCACCGGAAGUACUCAGAAGCACGAGCCGAGAGGCUGUUGGCACACAGAAGGCGGAUGUGUACGCGUUCUCGCUCAUCCUGUACGCACUGAUAAGCCGGAAGGGACCGUGGGGAGACACCGAGUAUUCCAGCAAAGAAAUAAUUGAGCUACUACGGAGCGAGAGUCCCUCGAUCAGACCGGAUAUAGCUCGCCUGGCGUGUGAGCCCUACAUAAGCGACUGUAUCCGUGACUGCUGGGCAGAAGACCCGGAUAUGAGACCAACAUUCAAGGACAUCCGCGUGAAACUGAAACCGAUGUUGCAGGGAAUCAAAUCAAACAUAUUGGACAACAUGCUGUACAUGAUGGAGCGAUACUCAAAUAAUCUGGAGAGUCUGGUCGCUGACCGCACAGAGUUGCUGUUCGAGGAGAAAAAGAUGACGGACAACCUUCUGCUUAGAAUGUUGCCAAGGUUCGUUGCUGAGCGGCUGAAGAAAGGUGAGCCGGUGGUACCGGAAGUGUACGAGAGCGUCUCCAUCUACUUUUCGGACAUCGUGGGCUUCACCGCCCUGUCAGCGGAGAGCACGCCUAUGGAGGUCGUCUGCAUGCUCAACGACCUCUACACGUGCUUCGACGCCAUCGUGGAGAACUUUGACGUCUACAAGAUUGAGACUAUUGGUGAUGCGUAUUUCGUCGUGAGUGGUCUGCCGUUGAGAAACGACGACCUGCACGCGGGCGAGAUAGCGUCUAUGUCACUGCGCAUGCUCCAGGAAAUAAAACGCUUUAAGAUACGUCACAGACCUAACGACACACUCAAGUUGCGGAUCGGUCUGCAUUCGGGUCCUUGUGUGGCCGGAGUGGUGGGUUUGAAGAUGCCGCGCUACACGCUGUUCGGUGACACGGUGAACACAGCGUCCCGCAUGGAGUCCACGGGAGUCCCCUUGAAGAUCCACUGCAGUGAGACUAUCACGGGUCUGCUAAGGAAGCUGGGAGGCUACCAAUUUACUGAGCGAGGCCUCGUCAAUGCCAAGGGUAAAGGCGAAAUGCUGACCUAUUUCCUUGAGGGUGAGGACGAAUCUCAGCGGCAGAGGCGCAUCUCUCACAGCCGCCUGUCCAGUAAAAUCACGCCCAAUGGUGACCUCAAUCCAGCGGGCGAGAUCUUUGGCGCUCCUAUCAUCCAUCCACGUUAUUGGACCAAUGGAUUCACUAACAGCUCAUGUGACCUCUCCCCGGUGUUCCCGAACUACAAUCCCAACAUUCCACUAAAAGAGAACUGUGAUAGCCCCGAUGCCAAUGUGUUUCACAAAGCUUUGAAUGCGCAUGACGCUCGCUGUCAGAAAGGUAUGCAGCGGAGCGGUUCCAUGCAGCAUCCUCAUGCUCUCAACUCAACAUGCAACUCGAAACUUCAGGAUCUGACGACCGGCAACCAGCCGGCUAAACGCCCGACCAGACUUGGGAGACAGAUAUCGGAUUCGGUCGACGGUGGACACACUUCAGAAACCUUGAAUAAAAUAACACUGGGACAGCUGCAUAGAAAUUUAUCAUUCCAAUCUUACAUGAUUGCAGAGGACAGUGUCUGACAGGGAGGCGACCAUCCCGACACAUUGUUUCUUGAACCCCGUCAUACCCGUGACGAUUAUGACACCACGUCACACUACUAAUCGUUGCAAAAGCUCAUUUAACUGUCAGAUGUGUGUCUGUAAUGUAAAUAAUUGCUCUAAAACAUUCACGACUCGGAGCCUACAUCAACCAGUACAGAAGAUCAUCAUUGCAAAUGUAUCAUCACCACUCUUACAUGCGAUAAUUGAUAAAACACUUAUACUUGAUACAUAUUAGCAUCACACUGGGAAAAUCGGGAUUUAAGCAUGAGCAUAUAGUACCGUGUUUAUAGAAUUUUUCAUUUAAAGGAAAUAUAUUUGUAUUAUUAUUUCAAGUUAAGACAGAAACUGUUGUCGCUGAUAAACCUGUGCGGGUCAAACAAUUUCAAUGAAAGUGUAAACCUAUGUCACCAGUUGUCAAUUAAAUUAUUUCAUGUGUUUACUAGUAUGCACAGAAUGUUAAAACAAGUACGCAACUGCAUCAUAUUUUCGCUUCCAGAAAGCAGAAAAAAUUAUGUUGUUGUUUAUUUAUAAGGUUGUUAUAUAAUAAAAAAUACACGCUAAUACACAUACAGUAGUCUAUUUAAAUGUGAAUACUUUUCGUAUAUUUAUUUUGAGUGUUUUGUAUAUACAUAAAUACUGUGAUUUAGAAACGUAGAGUCAGUUGUGUGUGUGUGGAAGUAUGGAACUAUUUUCAGACAAUACUCCUCUCGAUAAUGUUAUACACGAAUUGUGGGAGAGAAAAUGUAACGUAAGGUCUCAAGUCAUAAUUCCAAAGACCGAGAUGCGACAGUGAAACAUAAACUGGGACGUCUCAUUAUAACAAUGUGGCGUCAACUUGCGAUUUGCAAUUCGAUGUUAAACGCAGCUUAAGUAUCUUUGUUAGCACCAUUUGUAUAUUUCUCAGGUAGUUGUUCAUAGAUCUUGUAUUGUGUUUGUUCGAGUAUUUUUUUGUGUUACGUUUAUUUAAGAAUCAUUGAAUAAAUACUAUGGUUACAUAAGAUCUGCGUGUUCGUCAAUUUUUGUUAGAUUUGUUAAUGUCAAUUUUUGUUAGAUUUGUUAAUGUCAACAACAUUCAUUGCAGGCUACAGUUUUUUUUCGCAAUUGGAAAAUCCUUAGGAUAUGUAGGAAGCCGACAUACACAUAUUAGCUCUUCGCUAAUGUCGAGCAAAGUCCUGUCUUGCUCGUUAACUUUCGUUGUGUUUGCCAUAUUUAGAUUUGUGGUGAUAAUAUCACAAUGUGAUUGUCCUUUUGCCAAAAAAGGACGCUUUGACAGGUGAAUAUUGAUUGGCUAAAGGUGCAUUUCGCACUGUUUUAUAUUCCUUUUAUGCGCUACAAUAUUACACUGUUGUAAUAAUGUUUGUACUCGUAAUUAAUAAAACGAAUUGCGCAUGGACAUGA